CGCAAGGCGUAAUACAUUCGUUGAAACUCGGCACGCACGCAACAAGAUAAAGCAUGCAGUUUUCCUGGAUGAAGGUGGCCAUUUAUGUGCUAACAUUUCUAACAUACGCAUAUUCUGGGUACGGAUCUAGCACAAUUGUGCAUCUUCGGGAUGCGAUCAUAGCGGCGGAGGCGAUAUUUGGUGAUGUUUUUAAGAAUUUCAUCACAAUUGUUCGCAAGUUUCGCACAGUGCAUGAGGUAUUUGAUGCUGCCGUCGAGGAAAACUGCGUGUUUCAGUGCCCGGCGCCCGAUGGCGGUGGCACGGCGCCGCGGCCCGUGCAAAAUAAAUUCUAUGUGCCCACCGCUGAUGGCUGCGGUUCUUUGGGCUUGAGAAUCAGUACUGAAUACCUUCCCGCUGCCGAAAUGGAGCCAUGCUGCAAUUCGCACGACAUUUGCUACGACACCUGCAAUAGUGAUAAAGAGCUGUGCGACUUGGACUUUAAGCGUUGUUUGUAUAAACACUGCGACAGCUUUGAGAAGUCUAUUGCCAGCGACUUGAUGACCAAGGGCUGCAAGGCGGCCGCCAAGAUGCUGUUCACAGGCACAUUAACGCUAGGCUGUAAAUCGUACCUGGAUUCGCAGCAGCGUUCGUGUUAUUGUGCUCCUAGCAAAUCGACUAAUUUUAAUGGAAAUAAGUACGCGAAUAGCAAGGAAAAACCGCAGAAGCAGAAGUAUGGCUGGAAGGAUCGAAAUGAAAUCUAGCAAGGGCUAUGUAGAUAUAAAUACACGUUAUUUGUUGUCGUUUGUA